AUGGAGACCGUGAAAAGUGUUACUGUGAGAGAUAUUGCUGUUUGGAACAAAGAAAAAUUCGAGGAAGGGUUAGGGUUUGCGAAGACAAUGUUUGGGAUAAGUUCGAUGCAUGAAGAGCAGCUGGAGGCUUUACGACAUUUUUUCCUAGGAAAACAUUUGUAUUUCAGCGCACCAACUGGUUAUGGGAAGUCCCUGAUUUAUCAAGUCAUACCAUUUGUCAAUGAUUAUCUGAUGAACCAGCUCACUUUACCAAGUUGCAUUCUUGUUGUAACUCCGCUGCAGUCUUUAAUGCUCGACCAAGUAUCAAAGCUUAGAGCAUUGGGUAAUAAUACGGCUGCCAUUUAUGCUGAUCAGUCAGAGGAAGUGCUGCUAGAAAUUGAAAAUGGAGGGGUAUAUAAUAUAAUAUUCAUGUCACCCGAAUCAAUGUUGGCAACAUGUCGAUGGCCACGAUUUCUGUCCUCCACUGCAUUCAAGGAUUAUUGUGUCUGCGUUGCAUUUGAUGAAGCCCAUUGUAUAGCACAAUGGGGUCUUAAUGUUGGCCAACAAGCUCCCUUUAGAAAGUGGUAUGGUCAGCUUGGCGAAAUCAGAUCAUUUCUUGAUCAAUCAGUGAAGCUAGCUGUUUUCACUGCUACUGCUUCAAGAGCAACAAAAGCUGCUAUCUAUUCAGUUUUAAACUUGGUAAGUUCAUCAAUGCAUGUCAUUGAAAAGAGUCCAAUGAAGAAUAACUUGUUGUUCUUCAGCAAGUAUGUUAGCAAUGACACCAAGUUUGAGGUCCUAUUUUCAGAGUUGCUGGAUGAAUUGGCAGAAAAGGGUGUUGAAACAAUGAGGACUAUAAUCUUCUGUCAAACAAGAAACCAGUGUGCUCUUAUUUGGAGGACAUUCCAGCUGAAACUUGGGGAAAUGUUGUAUGCUGAUAGCAGUUCCAAUCUUCGAAGCAGGUUGGUGGAAAUGUUUCAUGCUGGUACUCCAUCUUCUGUUAAGGAGCAUUUGCUGAAAGAGGUUGGUGCUGAAAAAAGUUAUCUUCGAAUUUUAGUUGUGACAACAGCCUUUGGAAUGGGUAUCGAUUGCAAGCAAGUGCACAGGGUUGUACACUUUGGUCCUGCAAAAAGCAUUGAGGCAUAUAUUCAAGAAUGCGGCAGAGCUGGACGUGAUGGACAGAUUAGCUUCUGUUAUCUACUGUACAAUGAAUUUCUAACAAGUCAUUGUCAGUCUGACAUGAAGGAAUAUGUCACAAGUGAUAAAUGUAGGCGAAAGAAUAUUGAGAGCAUUUUCCCUGGCAGUCAUCCCAUAGCUACUACUCUUGGUUGUUUGUGCUGUGAUUUAUUGAAUGAAACGUUUGGUGAUAUGGAAGUCCCUGAUGAUUUGAACCCUGAUGCAACAUCAUUCGAUCAUCUUGAAGAUGAAAUUGAAGACCACUGGCUCGACAUAAGGGAUGAUUCUGAUAUUAUAUCAUUUGGUGAUGUGGAUGUUGGUGAAAUUGACAGAGCCAUUGAAUCAAUUGACCAGUCUGGGACUCAAGAUCAUUCAUUGGGAUCUAUCAUUGAUUACCAUGGGGUGAAACCUUUCAUUAUGAUGAAAAUGAUGAGCCAAUGGAAGUAUGAUGUAUAA